GAGUGUAUUUCUUCUCCUUCAAUAUGAUGAAGCAUGAAGAUGUCGAAGAAGUCUAUGUUUACUUGAUGCAUAAUGGCAACACGGUCUUCAGCUUAUACAGCUUCGAAUCCAAAGGAAAAUCAGACUCGUCCAGCAAUAGCGCAGUGCUUAAACUCGCCAAAGGAGAUGAAGUGUGGCUGCGGAUGGGCAAUGGGGCCCUGCAUGGAGAUCACCAACGAUUUUCCACUUUUGCUGGGUUCCUUCUUUUUGAAACCAAAUAGAUUUACUCCCUGGAAAUGCAGUACAAAAUUGCAACACAGUUUCCCUC